AAUGAUUUUUGUGCUGUUUUAAAAUGACCAAUUCUUAACUUGCUAAACACAUAAUUUAAUGCUUACAGUCAUAUGAAAACCGGUGAAAAUUUAAUAUUGCUGUUCAAGAAUGAACAAAAUAGCGAUUUAAGUAUUUGUCUUUUUCGAGAGUGUUUAUAGUUUUCAUUGGUUCUAACAAAUAUUAUUCGUUAAAUCAUCCAGCGGUCAGGGAAAUUACUAAACUCAGACAAAACUUCGUCCCUCAGAUUCAACUGGGAUGUGAACCUAAAAUGGAAUUCGGCUCCUCGUCGGCAGCUGGGCCCUCUUCCAGCUACAGCCAGGAAAACCAACCCAUUUUUGGAGUAUGUCCAGCAUGCCGUGAAAAAUUGAAAGAGAGCCGCGUGUUGCCAUGCGGACACUAUGUUUGCGGUCCAGACUCGUCUAAUAGAUGUGCUAUCAAAAUAAGUGGCAUGAGCAAUCCAAGGUGUCCAGUUGAAAACUGCAAAUACAACAAGACGAAAUUCAGACGCAAAUUCACCCAUGAAGAUUUGGCUGACGGGCAACCAGAAAUGUCAUCAGCUGCACCACCUGAGUACAAAUCCCGCCCACCAUCGAGAGAGCCAACUCUUGUGAGAAUGACUGCAAGAAGGUUUUCAACAAGAAUGACAAUUUCGUCCGUUCAAAGCAUAGGAGAAUGUCCUUCUUGUGGUAACAAACUGACAUGUAGCCGAGUGAUGCCUUGUGGACACUAUGUGUGCAACAAAUGCGCUAUUUCCAUUUGUGGAAAGAGUAAUCCCAGAUGUCCAGUUGACGAUUGUAAGUACAGCAAGAGGGACUUCAGAUGCAAGAUCACACAUGAGGAUCUGGCUGACGGACAACCAGAUCUAUCAACCGAUUUGCCUCCUGAAUACCAGUCGCGCCCGUCUUCAAGAGUUUCUGCAACACCUAUGUCACCAAUUUCACCAACCUACUCUGACACAUGUUCAAAGCCGAGACACAACAAUGCGAAGCUCGAUUUAUUCUGCAACAAAUGCAAAGAAUCAGUUUGCAAACAUUGUUGGAAAUCAGACCAUUCAGACAAAAAGAACCACGAAAUUGUGCCUUUCUCGGUUCUCCUGAAAACUGAAAAAGAUAUUGAAACUCGAAUUGGGCUCUACAAAACUGAGUGCUCUCAAAUAAAAACGUUGGAAUCAGAGUACAAGUUUAUUCAAGAAGACAUCGAAAAACUUCGACAAAAGCAAAAAGAAAUUACAGAAACUUUUGUUUUGUCUGAUCUGAGAAAAAGUUCAACUGAAGUUAAACUUGCUAUGCAGAAGAAUGUCGACGCUGUUAUAAAAUUGAAAGCCAAAAUCGGUGCCCAGUUUGACAAAAUAACUGAAAAACAUGGCCAGAUAUUUGAGGAUCACAGAAAACAAGCUGUUCUGGAAGAAACCUCGUUAGUCCCGAAUGAUACAGAAGAGAAUGAAGACAACUCAGCAGUUGGUGACGAAGAAUCCGAUAAUGAAUUACCAGAAACCAACUUCGCGGAAUGUUCCCUCGGUCAACACAAACUGCAAGACAGUAGAAAACUUCCUUGUGGACAUUUAAUAUGUGGUCCAAACUCAUCUAAACGAUGCGCGCAUUUCAUCUGUGCCAGUAGUGAACCCAGGUGUCCCAGAACAGAUUGCAGAAACCAUAGAACCAAAUACUCAUCAAACUUCAGUGUCAGCGAUUUGCAGGUUGAUUCUUAUAAUGGACUGCCUGCAAUUCAACCCCCGCCAUAUGACUCGCAAUUUCCAAGCGAGUCACAGUCAGACAAAUUCCCAGUAUGCAAAUCGCAUCGAGGCCAACGGAUGGAGUUUUAUUGUACAAAAACAGGCUGUGAAAUUCAGAUUUGUAGCGAAUGCUGGACUGAUAAACAUUCGGAUCACACAAACGACGUCGUCCCUUUUGAAAACUUGCUCGACUCUGAAACAGUCAAAUUUGAAAACAUUACUAAAUUCCAGAAACAGAGUCGAAAAAUUCUUGACAUUUUCUCUGAGUACGAAACUAUAAUUAACGACGUAGAUAACGCAAUGAAUGCCCAAAACUCAGUCAUGAAUUCAAAAGUAAAAGAAGAAUUGCGUCAAUUGUCUCAAAACGCUACUUUGAUUUUGGGCCGACAAUUAAACUCAAUAAAUGAUGUGAAAACAAACAUGUUGGAUACAUUUGAGCUACUAAUUGAGUCAGGCAGGCGAAUUUACAAUGAUUGUCUGCAGAAAUAUGUGGACGAAACAACGAGCACUGUAACCGCAGGUGCAGUUUCAUCUAAAAUCAAUAGCGAAAACAUUGGUAACAUACAAACUGUUGACAAAAAUAGCGGAGAAAAAAAAAUUGAUGAAGGCAGAAGACAUCACCCAGCGAAUCGAUUGAUGGGAAUUGAUGUUCAGAAACUUUCGGGCACAAUGGAGAUUGCUGGCAGAAUGGUUUACGACAGUGUUAACAACCAGCUGAUAAGCGUAGCUAAAAACAGAGAGGUACUCAAAGUGUACGGUUUGAACUUGAAAUCGGCGAGUACAAAACUGAACAGGUCAUUGAACUUGUCACGACUCAGAGAGAAAAGCAGCAGAGCCCAUGAUAUAUCUGACUUGGCAAUUGACAGCCGUAAUCGCGUGUAUGCCUGCAUUUAUUAUGAUAUUUGGAACUGUAAACCCUCAGUGGAAGAAGUGGAACUGAAAACCCUCAAGAAGAAGAACACAUUAGAUACUACAGAUAUUCUGAAUGGAGAAGGGACAUAUUGGGUGCUGUUGAGUUAUAAUGACACUAUUGCAGUAGUCGUUCAUGAUCAUCGUAAACACGGAGCAUACAGAUGGGCUAGUGUGACUGUUUAUUCCAAUCAGGAGAGACAACAUACAGUGCCCAUUGACAUAUUAACUCGAGAGCACUAUUUCGUUUCUACGAGACGCAAUGUGUUGGUCAAUGAGAACACUCUACUCCUCAAAUGUGGAUGGAGGAACAGAGUGGCAGUGGUCUCAUUGCCAAAACCAAAACCACGAGAACAACAAACGAAUGAAUCGAAUCAAACUAAAACACAAACGACAAAAGAAGCAGACAAUCUGCAACCUGUUUAUGUCAAGUAUAUCACUCUACGUGGAGUUAAAAAUCUUAUCAGAAUGGUUUGGAUACCAUCUUUAUUGGAGUCUGAAGACCAGCCUUCGACUAACUCAUUAAGAGGGUAUCUUUUUGCCUCGAGUUUGAAUGAAAACUUAAAUGCAUAUAAAACACUAGUGUACGAUAUAGACUUAGAGAGUGUGCUGUCCAAGGUUGAGAAUGGUGAAGAGACAACAAUUGAGCCCAUGUCAGGAGUAGCACCGUUGGAAGACAUAUUUGUCUUGUGUUUCAUAGAUCACUCCACUAUUUUUGCUUACACUUCAGAAGGCAGACUACGAUUACUCAAUCUCAAUUAUAGUCCACCUGAAUGA